AUGCGGGCCCCGCGCACGGAGUGGGGGCCCCGCUGGCUGGGGACGCUGCUGGCCGCCUGCCUGGCCACCCUGCCGGCCGCCAGCGCCUGCCCCCGGCCCUGCGCCUGCCACGGCUCCGCCGAGCUCCACUGCACCUUCCGCUACUUCAGCGCCGUGCCCCCGCGCAUCCCGCCCGACGUGCAGCGCAUCAACCUGGGCUACAACAGCCUGAGAAAACUCAGCCCCACGGACUUUGCUGGCCUGGAGAAGCUGGAGCUGCUGAUGCUGCACAGCAAUGAGAUCAGCACCGUCCCUGAGAAGGUGUUCAGAGAUUUACGCUCGCUGCAGGUCUUAAAAAUGAGUUACAACAAGGUCAGAGUGCUUCAGCAGGAUGUAUUUUAUGGCCUGAACAGCUUGGUACGGCUGCAUAUGGACCACAAUCAAAUCGAAUUUGUGAAUCCCAGUGUUUUCUACGGACUCACCUCCUUGAGGCUGGUCCACCUGGAUGGAAAUUUCCUUCAGCAGCUGCACCCAGACACUUUUGUGACCUUGCGCUAUAGCCAAAUAUUCAGAAUAUCCUUCCUGAAGCACAUCUCUCUGUCUGACAAUGCGCUGACUUCAUUGCCACAAGAGAUGUUUUCCUACAUGUCAGAGCUCGAGAGCAUUUACCUGCAUGGAAACCCCUGGUCCUGCGACUGCAGCCUGCAGGGGCUGGCAGGGUGGGCACAGGAGAGACCAGAUGUUAUAAAGUGCAGAAAAGAGAGAAGUUCUGGUGUCCAGCAAUGCCCGGUCUGUGCUAGUCCCAAAACUCACAAUGGGAAAAGUUUAGUGGAUCUCCCUUCUGCAUCUUUCACCUGCACGAAGCCAGUCAUUGAUGACUCCCUGAAAUCCAGAAACCUCUCGGUGCCAGACGAUGGGGAUUUCAGUUUUGUGUCUCCCAAGGACUUGAUGGCUCCCAUAGGAUCUGUGGUUUUGAAUAUGACUGACCAGGCAGGAAAUCGAGGCAACUUGGUUUGCGAUGUCCAGAGACCUAAAGAAGUGUCUCCCAUCUCGUUUGACCAAAGUGGUCCCAGCAGAGUGCUCCAAGCCUCGUUCUCAGCAUUCCUGGUGUGUGGCAUCGAUUAUGGGCACAUCCAGCAGCUGUGGAGCAUCCUGGCCCUGUACAGCAGCUCUCCUUUGAAACUGGAGCAAACCGUGGGGACAGCUGAGGAGCCUUCUGUCAGCCACAAAUACAGGCAGGUGUACAGCGAGAAGGAUGAGCUGUUCACCAGGGUGGAGGCCGAGCUGCGGGCCGAGCCAGCGUGGCUGCUGCAGAGGCAGCUGUCGCUGCAGCUGGACAGGACAGCCACCACGCUCAGCACGCUGCACCUGCGCUACGCCACGCACGCCCGCGUGGCCCUGCCCAGCCGGGACAGGGAGCAGGGCCGCCACGGCUGGGCCCUCAUUGCCAGGGACAACAGCACCCUGACGGAGCACACGGUGCUGGUGGGGGGCUCGGUGGAGCUGGGGUGCCAGGCGGCUGGGCAGCCAGCUCCUGCCGUGGGGUGGAUACUGGCUGAUGGCAGCAGGGUGCGAGCUCCCCACAUCAGCGAGGAUGGCAGGAUCCUGGUCCUCAAGAGCGGGGUGCUGACGCUGAGGACAGCUGACGUGUUCGACUCGGGGCUCUACCACUGCAUCAGCACCAACCACAGGGACGCUGACGUGCUCACAUUCCGGAUUACAGUGCUGGAUCCCCACGUGGGACACGGCGGCGUCAAUGGAGCCCAGCUGCCCGCUGCUCUCGGCAGCACGCUGCACCUGCCCUGCACGGCCACGGCUGCCCCGGACCCUGCUGUCACCUGGGUGCUCCCUGAGCACACAAUCCUCCGCCAGUCUGCUGGAAACAAACACAUUUUUGCCAAUGGCACCUUGAGAAUACAAGGGGUGACGCAGCGAGACCUGGGCUACUUCCGAUGCGUGGCGGCCAACCGGUUCGGGGUCGAUCUUUUGGUUUUCCAAGUGCUGGCGAGACAGGAUGAAACCGCUCUGAAGAAAAGGCAUGGAGCUGUGGGAGAGUGGGAAGAGGGCUCUGGCAAUGAGCUGCUGCGCCCUGCUGCAGCACAGAGACGCCCCUCAGGCACUGCAGGCACCCUGAGGGCUCCCGGGGAACCUGCGGCACCAGCGGCCAGCAGCCAGGGCACACAUCACAGGAACAGCCACGGGAACAUGCCUCACUGGCCCCACACUGACAGGACGGGCCGGCGCUUCAGGGGACACAGGAGACAGUUCGUUCCCUCGGGCAGGAGAGCUGAUCCACAGCGCUGGGCAGCCCUGCUGGAGAAAACAAAGAGGAACGCGACAGUGGCAGACAAACGAGGAGAAGCUGCAACAGAACCACCCGUUCAAGCCCAUAGGCUCUCAGAGGUACCUGGGGAUGAGGAGGAGGCAUCUGGUGAUCUCGUAUCUCCAGAAGAAGAAUUCAUGAUACCAGCAACAGAGAGAUCGCCAGUGCCUGCUCCGGGCAGAGCAGCAGAGCUCAGCAUCACUGCAGGGCCCAAGGGGACUGAGAAUCCCCCUCCUGCCUGGAGCACCUCUGUUCUGCCCACAGAGCCAAUAACUCCCCUACCCUCACCUCCUCCACACCCUGGGGCACCUGCCAGCAAAAGGCUGCAAACACUUCCCAAACCUACAGACUCACGGGAAAGAUCCAAUUUGGGUCAAAUAUCAGCAAAUGGUGUAAAACAGCCAACUGUACCAAGUGGGACAGCCACACUCUUCCCUGCUGGGCAAAAGUCAAUACAUUCUGGGGAAAGUAAUAACCAGCACCUAAAGUCUGCAUCCAUGACACCCACGACAGAAGCUACAGGCACCAGCAAGGCUGUAACUCCCCAAAACACAGCACACAAGUUACAUGUUUUUACUGAGUCUAUUGAUAAUGUCUCCACCAGAACAGAUCACCAGGUCCCUGUGGUGACAGUCAAUGCACCAAGCUCUGAAUUUGGCCCCAUUUAUUUUCACAGUACUCAGAAAGGAGGAGCCCCUAACCCAUCUGCCUCGACUUUCACUGCUCAUCAGCAAAUUCAGGUUAUCCAGGGCGGUCCAAAUCAUCCAGCCCAGCUCCAGCAGCACCAUGGAAGACGAAGGAAAAUUUCUGGUCGGAGACGAAUUGUCAGACCAGGGCAUGUCCCAGGCAUGAAAGAGCCCCGGUACAAUUUUGGGAGGCCAGGGUCUGCCAGAGGAAGUACAGCUGUGGCUACAGGUGUCCAACUUAAUAUGAACUAUAUAUCAAAUGUACCAACCUUGAAUAACUCCAGCAGUUCCAUCAUCAAUCCAUUUAGCCCAGACACACCCCAGUCCUCCCCCUCCACCAUGAAAAUGCCAUUGGAGCACCCCGUGGGUACCCAUCAAAACACAGCAUUCCUCAGGGAGGAGGAAAAGAAACACAGUGCAAGGCAAAAAGCUGCUGCCACAGUCGUGUCUGUCACUGCAGAGGACACUGCCACUACUGCAGCCAGUGGAUUGGGUGUGACGGGUUUGAAGCCAACAGUCACACUUGUUCUCACUCCUCAAACCAACACCAGAGCCGCCAAAACUAAAAUACACAGAGGGGGAGGAAGGAGAGGUCAGAGGAGGAAGAGGCCUCCUAAAACACCUGCCCCACAGCGUGUGGCUGCAGCCCAGAGCACUGCAGCCACCCCUGCAAUGAGCACUGCAGCCACUCUUACAGCAAGCACUGCCACCCCUGCAGCAAGCACUGCCACCCCUGCAGCCACCCCUGCAGCAAGCACAGUCAUCUCUGCAGCAAGCACAGCCACCCCUGCAGCCCAGAGCACUGCAGCCAUCCCCACGGUGACAGCUCCUGCAUCACCAGCUGUGCCUCCAAGCCUCACAGCUGCAAUCCCUGUCCCUGGGAGCAGCAGUGCAGUCCCCAGGACCGAAGCAGCAGCACUGGGGGUCCCCGAGAGCCCCGAGGCCCCUCAGCACAGGCCCACGGCAGCCACACAGACAGCAGCAGCCCCGGGCACCUGGAGGGGCACCCUGUCAGCAAUGGCACUGCCCGGCGGGGUGACUGCUCAGAGCCCCCCCAUGGCACCCCAAACCACACCAGGCUCGCACAGGAACACCCAGCUGGCCACGGCACCAGCUGCCAGUCCUGCCCAGACCCCCACCAUGGGUGCCCAAGCCUCACCAUGGCCGGACGAGCCCCCUGGUGCCACCAGUGCCACGCCAGGGCCAGGGCCUGCCCAGCGCACCAGGGCCAGUGCCAGGGCAGGAGGAGAACCCCACCUGGGUCUGGGGGAGGGAGCUGUGCGGGAGCAGCAGGGAGCACAGCCCACAGUGCCAGCCGGAGCUGUGCCCGCUGCAGUCACUGUCCCCAGCACCCUGCGGCCCUCUCCCCUGCCAGCCCCCACUGCCGCCGGGCCCGCAGCGCCCCCGAGAGCGCCUCCAGCCCCCCGGGGGCACGGCCAGCCCCAGCCCCAUCCCCAGCUCCAGCCCCAUCCCCAGCCCCAUCCCCAGCUCCAGCCCCAGCCCCAUCCCCAGCUCCAGCCCAGGCCGCCUCCCCAGGGCACCGAGAGGGGGACCGCGCCGCAGGCACCACAGAUCCCAUCUCCACAGGGAGGGGACAGGGACAGCUCCGUCAGUGCCUCGUCUGACAGGCAACAGAACCAAGACACCGCCACCCUGCCCAGCCCCAUCACCGCAGGCUCUGCAAGCAAAAACCAUUUUUCAAAGCCCAGAAUAGUCGGAGGGAAGGUGGCUGCUUUCACCGUGCUGGCGGAUUCCGAUGCUUUCAUUCCUUGUGAAGCUACUGGGAACCCCCCUCCAACGAUACAGUGGACCAAGAUAUUAGCAGGGCGCGAUGCCGCGGCCCCCGGCGGUGCCAGCCGCUGGUCGGUGCUGCCCAACGGGACGCUGUCCAUCGCCCGGGCGGCGCUGCAGGACGGCGGGCAGUACGAGUGCACGGCGGCCAACGCGCUGGGCUCGGCGCGGCUGCGGGCCACGCUGGCCGUGCUGGCGCUGCCGCCGCGCAUCGCCGCCGCCCGCCCGCCGACCGCGCUCUCGGGGGGCUCGGCGGCGCUGCCGUGCCGGGCCCGGGGCAGCCCCCCGCCCCGCAUCUCCUGGCUGCUGCCCGACGGCUCCGAGCUGCGGCCGGGCGCCGCGGGCCGCGGCAGGGCGGCGGUGCAGCCCGACGGCACGCUGCUGCUGCGGGCGCUCACCGUGUUCGACCGCGGCACCUACACCUGCCGCGCCCGCAACGCCGCGGGCUCCGACGCGCUGCCGCUGCGGCUGCAGGUGGUGGCGGCGCCCCCCGCCAUCCUGGAGCCGCGGCGGCAGAGCGUGGCGGCGGCGGCGGGGCACAGCCUGGGCCUGCCCUGCACGGCGCGGGGCCCGCCCCAGCCCGGCGUGCACUGGGUGCUGCCCGGCGGCGCCGUGCUCAGACCGGGGCAGGCGCUGCCCGCCGGGCCGGCCGUGCUGCCCAACGGCACCCUGCUCCUGGGCAGCACCGAGCCCUCCGACAGCGGCACCUACGAGUGCAUCGCCACCAGCUCCACGGGCUCCGACAGGCGGGUGGUCAGCCUCGCGGUGCAGCACACGGACACGCCUCCCAAAAUUGCCAUCGCCUCCCCGGAACUGACGCGGCUCAACUUCGGGGACAGGCUGCUUCUGAACUGUACAGCAAGUGGGGAGCCCAAGCCCAGGAUCAUCUGGAGGUUGCCCUCCAAGGCUCUUGUGGACCAGUGGCACAGAAUGGGAAGUCGGAUCCAUGUCUACCCCAACGGAUCCUUGGCUAUUGAGGCAGUUACAGAAAAGGAUGCAGGUGAUUACCUGUGCGUCGCAAGAAACAGAAUCGGGGAAGAUCUGAUCCUGAUGAAAGUCAGCAUCACAAUGAAACCAGCCAAGAUUGACCACAAAGAGCAGUUCAAGAAGCUGGUGCCGUACGGGAAGGAUUUCAGAGUGGACUGCAAGGCCUCGGGGUCGCCCACCCCAGCAAUAUCCUGGGGCCUGCCGGAUGGGACGGUGGUGAACAACGUGAUGCUGGCAGAUGACAGCGGGCACAGGGCUCGCAGGUACGUCCUGUUCCACAAUGGCACUCUGCACCUCAACAAAGCUGGAGUGGCAGAAGGAGGAGACUACACGUGCUACGCCCAAAACACCCUGGGGAGGGACGAGAUGAAGAUCCACGUCACGGUCAUUGUGGCAGCCCCUCAAAUAAAGCACAACCACAAGACACACGUCACAGUGACAGCUGGAGACACAGCCCUGCUGGACUGUGAGGCUGCAGGAGAGCCCAGGGCGCAGAUAUUCUGGCUGCUGCCCUCCGGUGAGAUGAUCUCCUCGUCCACAGACAGGCACUCCCUGCACGCCAACGGCUCGCUGUCCAUCAGCCAGGCCGGCCUGCUGGAUGCUGGGGAGUACCUGUGCGUGGCUCGGAACCCUGGCGGGGACGACAGCAAGCUGUACAGGCUGGCUGUGGCUGCCAAACCCCCCAUCAUCAAUGGCCUACACAGAAACAAAACCAUCAUGAAGGUGACGGCAGUGAGGCACUCCAAGAAACACAUCGACUGCCAGGCAGAGGGGACACCUCCUCCCCAGAUUAUGUGGAUCAUGCCUGAUAACAUUUUCCUAACAGCCCCAUAUUACGGGAGCAGGAUUGUGGUGCACAAGAACGGGACACUUGAGAUUCGGAACAUCAGGCCCUCAGACAUGGGGGACUUUAUCUGUGUGGCACGUAACGAUGGGGGAGAGACUGUGCUGGUGGUGCAGCUGGAAGUCACGGAAAUGCUACGGAGACCAAUGUUCAAAAACCCUUUCAACGAAAAAAUAAUAGCAAAACCUGGGAAGCCCAUCACACUGAACUGUUCUGUGGAUGGAAACCCUCCCCCGGACAUAAGCUGGAUGCUGCCCAAUGGCACAUGGUUUUCCAGCAGCAUCAGGACACCCCAGUUUGUCACAGGGAGCAGCGGCACCCUGACCAUCGCCAGCGCCCAGAGCCAGCACGCCGGGCGGUACCGCUGCGCUGCGCGGAACCAGGUGGGCUACAUCGAGAAGCUGCUGCUGCUGGAGGUGGCCCAGAGGCCCAGGAUCCUGAGCCAGCCGGCAGGGCUGGUGCGGGGGGUCAGCGGGGAGCCCCUGGCCCUGCACUGCCCGGCCGAGGGCAGCCCCAGGCCCCGCGUGGCCUGGACGCUGCCCGGGGGCCGCGUGCUGCAGCGGCCGCAGCUCCGCGGGCGGCUCCUGCUGCUGGACAACGGCACCCUGCUCAUCGGGGCAGCCUCGCCCCUCGACUCGGGCACCUACCUGUGCCGGGCCCACAACGACGCCAGGGACUCCUCGCUCAGCAUCCUGGUCGUGGUCGCGGCCUACGCCCCGCGGAUCACCGGCAGGCCGCCCCCGGCCAUCCACACCACGCCAGGGGCAGCCGUUCAGCUCCACUGCGUCGUGCUGGGCGUCCCCAAGCCAGAAAUCACCUGGGAGCUGCCUGACCGCUCUGUGCUCUCCACAGCUCACCGGGCCCGGGGCUCUGGGGGCGCGCUGCUGCACCCCACGGGGACUCUGCUGCUGCAGAACCCCCAGCCCUCCAGUUCUGGCACGUACAGGUGCACAGCAAGGAACCCCCUGGGCACCGACACUGCAGCCACCUACGUCCACGUCAUCUGA